AUGCCGUUGGACCCCUUUAUCGAGGACAUCACCGUGACAGCUGCGCCCGUCUCAGCGCCGACGGACGCUCCCGGUCCGCCGGAUCGGGACGCAAUCCUGGCCGAGCGAGGUCCUGCAGGUGCUGCAGGUCCUGCGCUGGGUCAGUGCACUGGCGAAAGUCUUGAGAGCAUCGUUGUGGGCAAGAGAGAAACGGCCAAGACCGGCAAGACCAAGCCCGGUGAGCAAGUUGGGAAAGACUCUCUGGACCGCUCGGAUAACUUGGAGCUCCCAUCAGAGCAGCUGGGCUCGUGCACCUUGAGCAUCUCUGCCCUGACCUUGGUCUCUGAGAUGACCCGGGAGCUCAUGGGCGAGGAAAAAGAUGGGAAAUGCGAUGCCGUGCCGCAUCGGUUCGCUGCGAACCAGACAGGUCGAUGUCCCCGCCUGCAAGGGCGGGGCCUGUAUCUCAGUGUGGACCGUCCGUCGAAGCUUUGGACCAUUCUGAGCAUUUGGUUCGCAAAGACUGGGCUUGAAGAGAAGGCGGCGGGGGAUGCCGUGGAGGCUUUGAUGAAGACUUGGCAGACUUGGGAGCCCAAGACUCACUUGAAAGGAUCUUCAAGACGCCACGCCAUCCAUUCCUAUUUACGGGCCACUCGCUGGUGUUUGUUGGCGGACGAGGAACCUGUCUUGGGUCAAUUGAACAGCCAACCAUGA